UUUUUUUUUUUUUUUGCUGUGAACUGCAAUUGUUAUGUCUGACUCGGUGAUUCUUCGCAGCGUGAAGAAAUUUGGAGAGGACAACCAUGGUUUUGAGUCAGAUAGCUCAUAUAACAAUGAUAAAAAAGCAAAGUUACAAGAUGAGAAGAAAGGUGGUAGCAGUCAAGUUGGCUUCUUUCGACUGUUUCGGUUUUCUUCAAAGACUGACAUUUGCCUGAUGUCUGUGGGAAGUUUAUGUGCACUUCUCCAUGGAGUAGCCUAUCCAGGCGUGCUACUCAUUUUUGGCACAAUGACAGAUGUUUUUAUUGAGUAUGACAUGGAAUUACAAGAACUCAGUAUCCCUGGAAGAGCAUGUGUGAAUAACACCAUAGUGUGGACCAAUGACUCCCUCAACCAGAAUAUGACAAAUGGGACACGCUGCGGGUUUAUGGACAUUGAAGCUGAAAUGGUCAACUUUGCCAGUUACUAUGCUGGCGUCGCUGUUGGAGUGCUUGUCACAGGAUAUUUUCAAAUAUGCUUUUGGGUAAUUGCUGCAGCUCGUCAGAUACAGAAAAUGAGAAAAUUUUACUUUAGGAGCAUAAUGAGGAUGGAAAUUGGAUGGUUUGACUGCAAUUCAGUGGGAGAGCUGAAUACAAGAUUUUCUGAUGAUAUUAACAAGAUCAAUGAUGCCAUUGCUGACCAAAUGGGUAUUUUCAUUCAGCGCAUGACCACGAGCAUCUUUGGGUUCCUGAUGGGAUUUUACCAGGGUUGGAAACUGACCUUGGUUAUUAUCUCUGUCAGCCCUCUCAUUGGGAUUGGAGCAGCCAUCAUUGGUCUGAGUGUGUCCAGAUUUACCGACUAUGAAUUAAGGGCCUAUGCCAAAGCUGGCUCAGUUGCUGAUGAAGUCAUAUCAUCUAUCCGAACAGUGGCUGCUUUUGGUGGUGAGAAAAAAGAGGUUGAAAGGUAUGAGAAAAAUCUUGUGUUUGCCCAGCGCUGGGGAAUUAGAAAAGGGAUAGUGAUGGGAUUCUUUACUGGAUUCAUGUGGUGUCUGAUCUUCUUGUGUUACGCGUUGGCCUUCUGGUAUGGCUCCAAACUUGUCCUGGAUGAUGAAGAAUAUACACCAGGAGCUCUUGUUCAGAUUUUCCUCAGUGUCAUAGUAGGAGCUUUAAAUCUUGGCAAUGCCUCUUCCUGUUUGGAAGCCUUUGCAGCUGGGCGUGCUGCAGCCGCCAGCAUCUUUGAGACAAUAGACCGGAAACCCCUCAUUGACUGCAUGUCAGAAGAUGGUUACAAGCUGGAUCGAAUUAAGGGUGAAAUUGAAUUCCAUAAUGUGACCUUCCACUAUCCUUCCAGACCAGAGGUGAAGAUUUUAAAUAAACUUAGCACAGUCAUUAAACCAGGGGAAGUGACAGCUGUGGUGGGAUCCAGUGGAGCUGGGAAAAGCACAGCGCUGCAGCUCAUUCAGCGAUUCUAUGACCCCACUGAAGGCAUGGUGACCUUGGAUGGCCAUGACAUUCGCUCUCUUAACAUCCAGUGGCUCAGAUCUCAGAUUGGGAUAGUGGAGCAAGAGCCUGUUCUGUUUUCCACCACCAUUGCAGAGAACAUUCGCUAUGGCAGAACAGAUGCAACAAUGGAAGAUAUAGUCCGAGCAGCCAAGGAAGCCAAUGCCUACAACUUCAUCAUGGACCUGCCACAGCAAUUUGACACUCUUGUUGGAGAAGGAGGAGGCCAGAUGAGUGGUGGCCAGAAACAAAGAAUAGCCAUUGCCAGAGCCCUUGUCCGAAACCCAAAGAUCCUGCUUUUGGACAUGGCCACCUCGGCACUGGACAAUGAGAGUGAAGCCAUGGUGCAAGAGGCACUGAGUAAGGUUCAGCAUGGGCACACAAUCAUUUCUGUCGCUCACCGCCUAUCUACAAUUAGAGCUGCAGACGUCAUUAUUGGUUUUGAACACGGUACAGCAGUGGAAAGAGGCACCCAUGAAGAACUGUUAGAAAGGAAAGGCGUUUACUUCACUCUAAUAACUUUGCAAAGUCAAGGAGACCAAGCCUUUAAUGAAAAAGACAUAAAAGGAAAAGAUGAAACCGAAGAUGCCUUACUUGAGAGAAAACAGACCUUUAGCAGAGGGAGCUACCAGGCUAGCUUAAGAGCGUCCAUCCGACAACGGUCCAAGUCUCAGCUUUCUUACCUGGGACAUGAAUCGUCAUUAGCACUUGUAGAUCAUAAGUCUGCUCAUGAACAAGACAGAAAGGACAAGAACAUUCCUAUGGAAGAAGAAAUUGAACCAGCCCCAGUGAGGAGGAUUCUGAAACUCAAUGCUCGAGAAUGGCCCUACAUGCUGGUAGGGUCUGUGGGUGCGGCUGUCAAUGGGACAGUCACACCCAUGUAUGCCUUUUUGUUCAGCCAGAUUCUUGGGACUUUUUCAAUUCCUGAUAAAGAAGAACAAAGAUCACAGAUCCAUGGUGUGUGCCUGCUCUUUGUAGCAGUAGGCUGUCUCUCUCUUUGCACUCAGUUUCUGCAGGGAUAUGCUUUUGCCAAAUCCGGGGAACUUCUGACAAAAAGGCUACGUAAAUUGGGUUUCAGAGCAAUGUUAGGGCAAGACAUCGGCUGGUUCGAUGACCUCAGAAAUAGCCCCGGAGCCCUGACAACACGGCUUGCUACAGAUGCUUCCCAAGUUCAAGGGGCUACCGGCUCUCAGAUCGGGAUGAUGGUAAAUGCCUUCACUAACAUCGCUGUGGCCAUGAUCAUUGCCUUCCUCUUUAGCUGGAAGCUAAGCCUGGUCAUCGUGUGCUUCUUCCCUUUCUUGGCUUUAUCGGGAGCCAUACAGACCAGAAUGUUGAUGGGAUUUGCCACUCAUGACAAGGAGUCUCUGGAGAUUGCGGGACAGGUAAUCUCCCACACCCACUUUUCAGGCUGCUUAUGGAUGAGUGGCUAUCAAACUGCUAAGAAGGAGUAGUGCAAACAGGCCUAAGAAAGCUCGAAUAUUUACGGACUCUGCUUUGGUUUUUCCCAGUGCAUCGUGUUUGUUGCUAAUUCUGCUUCCUACAGAUAUGGAGGUUACUUAAUUCCCAAUGAAGGGCUCCAUUUCAGUUAUGUGUUCAGAGUGAUCUCUUCAGUUGUCCUGAGUGCGACAGCUCUUGGGAGAGCCUCCUCUUACACACCAAGUUAUGCCAAAGCUAAAAUCUCAGCUGCUCGCUUUUUCCAACUGCUGGACCGACGACCCGCAAUCAAGGUCUACAGCAGUGCAGGUGAAAGAUGGGACAACUUCCGGGGACAGAUUGACUUUGUUGACUGUAAAUUUACGUAUCCUUCCCGACCAGAUGUACAAGUUCUGAAUGGUCUUUCAGUGUCUGUUGGUCCAGGGAAAACCCUGGCAUUUGUUGGGAGCAGUGGAUGUGGUAAAAGCACCAGCAUUCAGCUAUUGGAACGUUUCUAUGAUCCUGACCAAGGGAAGGUGAUGAUAGAUGGGCAUGACAGCAAAAAUGUAAACGUCCAGUUCCUCCGCUCAAACAUUGGAAUCGUUUCCCAGGAACCCGUGUUGUUUGCCUGUAGCAUAAUGGACAACAUCAAGUAUGGAGACAACACCAAAGAAAUCCCCAUGGAAAAGGUUAUAGAAGCUGCGAAGCAGGCUCAGCUGCAUGACUUUGUCAUGUCCCUCCCAGAGAAAUAUGAAACUAACGUUGGGUCCCAGGGGUCUCAACUCUCUCGAGGAGAGAAACAGCGCAUUGCUAUUGCUCGGGCCAUCGUACGGGAUCCGAAAAUCUUGCUACUUGAUGAAGCUACUUCUGCCUUAGACACAGAAAGUGAAAAGACGGUGCAAGUCGCCCUGGACAAAGCCAGAGAAGGUCGAACCUGCAUUGUCAUUGCCCAUCGUUUGUCCACCAUCCGGAACUCAGAUAUCAUUGCUGUCAUGUCACAGGGGAUAGUGGUUGAAAAGGGGACCCACGAAGAACUGAUGGCUCAGAAAGGGGCCUAUUACAAACUUGUUACCACAGGAGCCCCCAUCAGCUGACCUCACUUGUGAGAUUCUAUGCACAGAUGGUAUACCAAUUACAGGAGUGCCAUGGACUGUUUUUUUUUUCCUUUAAGUAGAAAUAAUGAUAUUUUACUUUUACAGAUAUACAUUGGACCUGAGCUAGUUUACCUUCAAUAAUAAUUUAGUUUUAAAUGUCUGUAUAUAGAAAAUGAAAGAAACCAGGGUCAUUGGCAGUAAGAAUCCAAUGUCAAGCAGCCAUCAUCCAGUGCUUUCACCGGUCCCAGUUACUCCAUGGGAAUUAGCAAGACAUCGUGAUGUGGAGGAAAUAAGACUUGGAAUUCCCCAGGGGUAGAGAACCAUCCCUUGCAUUUUGAACACUUGCGGUACACAGAGCCUGGUCUAGACUAGGCACUUGACAAAUAUCUACUGAGCUGGACCAAGGGCACAUGGAGAAGAACAGAAGGACGGAAGACUGGCUGUUUUUUGAUUUAAGUUUUCUUGCAUGUGAAAGCAGAUUCAUCCAUCUCUAAGGAUGAGGAGAGAAAGCAGGACUUAUACUUUGGGCACUCUCAGACUGAAAGGGGCAGAAAAGGACAGGUAUUAAAAAGGGUUACCAGUCAGGAAUGUUGAUUUAUAGAUUCAAGGUGUAGUGCGGGGGUUGUGAAGUCCCCAUUUACUGGACUAGAUUCUGCCGUACGGCUGGAGCAGGGGGCUCUAUCCUGGGUCCUGUCCUCCUCUUCACCCCGUUCACGUUGGUUACUGUCCUUUGUUUCUCCAAAUCCCAGCAUGAAGUGAAAACAGUGGAUUUUACCUUGUGUAAGUGUUUUCUUCCCAUGGCCAACAAAUGAAAUUCUGCAAAUUAAGCCUGAGCUAUCAUAUCGUGGUAUAUUAUUUAUGUCUCUGGUCCAGUGUUUCCUGGUGAAUAACCACGCAGGUGGUUUAACAGGUUAACUAGUUAGGACAGAAGCACUGAUCGUUGUGAAGUUAGAAACGGAGAGGGUAGAGGGCAGCAUUCUCCUUGUGACAAGUGGCAGUGAUAAGUAAGUUGCAGAAUAAAGAUAUCUUCCAGAAGGAAUUAUGCUUUGUAGGAAGCAUGUGCUUAUCCUGUAACACUGAAGAAAAAAGACCAACAUCCAUUUGUUUUAAGUUUUUGUUUCAGAGGAAGAACAUAAGCUAUGUGCUGGGAGGCUGCCAGUUUCCUGGAAUAGAAUGGAUGAUUAAAUUAUUUUUGAAAUAAGAUACUUGGAAGUUAUUGAUGAGAGGGAAGAGCUUGACUGGAGAUGGUUUGAAAUGAUUUGGGAAAACACUUGAAUUACAACUUCAAAAAUACAGAAGUAAAUAAAGUUGCAAGUUUAUUUUACAAUGUCA